CCGGAGCCAGCUAUAUUGAUGAAUGUAUGUGAACAUCCAAUCGAGAUUGGUGAAUGCUCGGGGGUGUUCAUGCGAUUUGCCUAUGAUAAGGUCAAUAACGAAUGUCGUCAGUUCACAUACGGUGGCUGUGGCGGUAAUGGCAAUAACUUUGCCACUUUAGCUGACUGUAGAGCAAAAUGUGUUAAAGUGAGUUGCCCACCAGAGCCGCAAUGCGAUCUCAGUCGAUGCCAACUGGUGAACGAUGCACAAGGUUGUUCGUUCUGUAGUUGUCCACCAGACUCUACUCAACCACAGCAGCCCUCACAAGGAUGUCCUCCGAUUGACGUGUUGAUGUGUGCUGAACCAUGCAUUAUCUUCACGAAUCGUCGUGGCUGUCAAGAAUGCGUAUGUCCAGUGCUUCCACCGAACGCUGGUGGACCUGUGCCACCAUCCACUGACCAGCUACCCGCUAACAAUCAAGAAAAUAUCGCGCCUCCAUCACCACCACAAUCACCCUCUCCUCCGUCGCCUCCCGCACCCGCCCAAGAAGAACAUUCGGGAAUACCAAAUGUCGCUGAGAUUACUGAAAGAUGCACACAAAAAGUGGACUCUGGACCAUGCAAGAACUCAGUGAAACGAUUCUAUUUCAAUGUGAACACUGGCACAUGUGACCAGUUCGAGUAUGGCGGUUGUGCUGGAAAUAGGAAUCAUUUCUUCACGUUGAAGGAAUGUGAAUUACAUUGUGCUCGAUUUGCAAGUACGUUUGUUUCAUGA